UGCGGCUUCAUUGCUGGGGAGCAUCCGCGGCGAGGAGGGAGCUAUGGAGGGGGGAGGCGGUUUUCUGUGGAUGAAAUACGGAUCUCUCGUGUCCCUGCUGGUCCUCGUGUUGGCCCUGUGGUCCCGCUCGCCGCAGGACGCGGGGCUGGACGACCGGCUGGACCUGGUGCUGUCGUCGCUGCUGCGGGCUGAGAGCAAAGUCGGCAUCAACGACGUCGCAAGACCCAAAGUGGCCAUUGGCUUUGGGGGGUGUGUUGACCUGAUCGUAGAUGGUGUGUCAUACCUAAAUAAGAUAGGCAUCUCUCAGGCGGAUACACCUGUGCAUCACGACUACCUAGAAAAUGCUGAACAGUUGGCCCAGAGCUUCGCCUACUUCUUUGCACCAGGAGCUGCUGCAGAGCGCUUCAUGAUAAAUGAAACCCUUUUUAGCGAGCUGGUUGAGAGCGCCCGUGAUUCACCUGGAAACAGAUGGGCCAUUGGAGGCAAUGCUCCUGUCAUGGCUGGUCGCAUGGCAACCGAGGGAUGUGACGUGUUGCUGGGGGGGAGUUUCAGCCCUGAGUUUACCGAGGUCCUGUCCAAGCACAUUACAGUUGCUGGAGAAGUGAUAGAAGAGCCAGACAUUCACCUGAUCUUGGAGUAUUCAUCUGGAACUAGUUGGGGGCGCUUUACCUCACGCAGAGCUAACAGAUACAUCAUCCACAGUGACGACCACAACCCCUACCUGACCUCCAUGGACGAGUUCGCUGAGAAACUCCAAGAUUUCAAACCAGAUCUGCUGAUAGUGGGUGGGCUACAAAUGAUGGACAACUUCCCAUAUCGUUCAGGUGAGCGAGACGACGUCCUCUCUCACCUGGCAGACCUGCUGUCCUCCUCAUCUCCUCACAUCGGGACACAUUUUGAGAUGGCAAGUUUUGUAGAGGAGAGUAUCAUGCAAGACCUUCUCAACUACGUCAUCCCUCACGCGGACUCUUUGGGGAUGAAUGAACAGGAACUUCCCAAUCUUCUCAGCCUGCUCAAAGGCUCCAACAUCACAGUGCUGUCGGACCCAAACCCUCGCGUGGCUACCGUCCUCGACCAGAUGAGGGAAGUUUACCGCAUUCUCAACCAGCGCUCCAAAGAUCCCGCGGCAGACGGCAACAGUGCCCGGUCAACAAGUAAGCCGCUGACCCGCCUCCACGUCCACACGCUGGCCUUCCAGGCCAUGAUCGUGACCCGAGACUCUCAGUGGAAGAACACCAUGUCGGCUAUCGCCAAGGCCUCGCUCACGGCUAACCGCCACGUCUGCGGCUCCAACGACAUCGACCCCAGUAAGGCCAGGCUCAUCAUGGACGACUCGUUCUCCGUCAGCCGACGAGAGGGAAGCCAGCGCAUCCUUCUGCAGGAGACCAGGCCCGUCAACUGCUGGGACGAGGAGGACUAUGAGAUCUGCGUGGCACCGGUCCUGGUGUGUACUGAGGUCUACCAGACUGCAGGGGGUGGGGACAACAUCUCAGCUGCUGGCCUGGUGUUGCAGAUCUGAACCGGGACACUAAAUGAUCUUUGUGAAAGUGGGGUUAACUAGACGUUGGCAAACCCGUGUAGUAUCCGCACUCUAGCCGUCACGUAUCGACACAGGUAUGAGGCUCAUGCUUUCCCUUUUGCAGCUCGUGGCCCAGGUUGACGGCGAUACAAACUCGCUCAUCACUGAGAAAAGUCAGAUGAUGGAGAACAACAGCCCACAUUUAAAUAAAUAAUGCACAUCGAAUCAGUUUGGAUUUUAUAGAAGAUCUCAUGGAAAACAAGUAAACACAAAAACUUCUGAUUUGCUUUUUGAAUUCUCUCCUUAUAAUCUUUCCGCAGUUCACUCAGUUAGUGUUUAGUAUAAUUAAAUUCUUUGAGGUCACAUAUUCACUCCCUCUUGCAUCAAGUGUACAUAUAGUAAGCUGUUUUUGUCCACGUGCACACACCAUUUGUCCCCAGAUGGAUUUUUAGAGCCGAAGUAAACUGUCCAUAUAAACCCAGCACCGCCAGUGUCUCUUCACUGUAGUCCAUCAUCUGACUCGUGAGUUCACUGGCUCGGCUUUCUCUUCUUCUCUGUUGCCUUACAUAGCUUGACUCCAAGUCAGAAUGAGAUAAGGAGGGAUGAGGUUUGGAUAAAGUUAUACACAGGAUCUAGGUUGUUUUUAUUGCACCGCCCUGGGUAGCUAUGGUGUUUUAUACCAAUAUUUUGCACUUCUACUAUAGGAUAAAUUCUCUUUGUAUUAUUUUAAAUCAGGGAAGCAGCUAUGCAGCGAACAUUUCUAGAAGAUUCAGAAAUGGCUAACUCUUCUGUUUCUUAGCAGCAUGUUUUAUCAGGUGUUGAACAACCUUUUGACCUCAUUUGCCUUCGAGCCAAGCCAAGCUUCGGCCGCAACAUGUCAGAUUUAAACUAUUCAAUGAAAGGCUAUCCUGCCUCUUCCCUCUCCUGUAUCAUUCACGAAGGCAAAGAAAGGUUUACGGCCCAAAGCUCCCGUUCUUCCCAGUGUUAUGUGAAUCGUGUGCUUGGUAUUUUUGGUGUGUUUGGUUUGUUACUGUCCUUUCUCCAUCGUUCAGUUGCUGUGCAAUAAUGUAAAAUCAACCUUAAGGGACCACUAAAGGGAGUUUUACUAUGAUGUCAAUAUCCACUACACUUUUCCUUUCUGUUCUUUAAUUUUUUCCAAUCUCCCAACCUGUCUUAUUCUUCUUCCUCAUCAUAUUUUUACAUUCAUAUUUUCUUCAUGUAUUGUCAAAUUAUAACUGUUUUAGGACCAAAUAACUUCUUCUUACUACUUCUUCUGACAUGUGUCUCAGAACAUGUACUGUGUAAAUCUGUGGACGGAUUCAGUGUACCACGAGCUGCUCUUGUUUUUCAACCGGGUAUUGUAAUGUGUACUUGAAGCCGCAGUACUUAACCCAGAGUCCCUCAGCGUGUGGCCUAGCUGACCAAUCAGAAAUCAUAUUUUCUGUAUUUGCUCCUUGUCUCGCUUGAAACAGGAUUAGAGACCAGCCGACUCAGCCAUCAGUCAUAAAAAUGAAUCAACGCGGUGCGCUGAUGUGAGAAAUCCCAGCAGUUUUUACAUCCAUACUUUUAAGUGCAGCUUCUGAUGUGUUAAUUACAAAUGAUAUACAUUAUAUUUUCUUAUUAAAUGACACAACCAUGUAGAAGUGUUAU